GCUGGUACUGGAGCAUAUAUGGCCCCUGAGCUUCUGACUAAAACUCCAUACAGGACGUCAGUGGACUGGUGGUCCCUGGGCUGCAGUAUCUAUGAGAUGGUGGCUGGCUACACACCUUUCAGAGGCCCUGAGAGCAAGAAGGAGAAGGUGGAGAAGGAGGAGGUUCAGCGGCGCAUUAUCAAUGAGGAGCCAAAGUGGGAGCACAGGUGCUUUGAUGCUGCUACCAAGGACAUCAUCCAACUAUUCCUUAAGAAGAAAAUUGAUGAGCGCCUGGGCACAAGGAACAACAUGGAAGAUCCCAGGAAGCAUGAGUGGUUCAAGACUAUCAACUUCCCCCGUCUGGAAGCUGGCCUGGUGGAUCCUCCAUGGACACCUAAGCCUAACGUUGUCUAUGCAAAGGACACUGGUGACAUUGCUGAGUUCUCUGAUAUUAGGGGCAUUGAGUUUGACACCAAAGACGAGAAAUUCUUCAAGGAGUUUAGCACAGGUGCUGUGCCCAUUCAAUGGCAGCACGAGAUGAUUGACACUGGACUGUUUGAUGAGCUCAAUGAUCCCAACAGGAAAGAGGGUGCAGGAGGUUUUGCUGAUGAUAAGAAAUCUGGCACCUGUAUAAUGAUGUGA